AUGCUGUACUACGGCAGCUACUGUGGGGGCUACGGGUAUGGAGGGCUUGGCUGUGGCUACCGUGGCUACGGAGGCUACGGAUACCGUUGCUGCCGCCCACUGUGCUGUGGCCCAUACUGGUCCUAUGGCUUCUACUGA